UGCGUUGUGGAUGCCGGUAGUAGCUGUGUGAAAAGAGGUUUGGGCAGCUUUUUCCGACAGGUGUGGGUUCUCUAUCCUGUUCAGUGAGUCCACGGAUCAUCUCUAAUUACUAUUGGGAAUAUCACUCCUGGCCAGCAGGAGGAGGCAAAGAGCACCACAGCAAAGCUGUUAAAGGAAAAAAUGGAGGAUACAGAAAGUAAUAAUGAAGAUAUUGUAGCAGAUCUUAGCAGCUUGGACACAUCAGGCAUAACUUGUUCGACUCAAAAUAUUUCCCCAGAAGAGCAAGAUGAAAUUCUUUUCCAUGAAGAAACAAUUGACCUUGAUGCAUCAGAAGAAAAUGUUACUAUCUCUGAAGAUUCUGGUAACUUUCUAGACAAGCUGAACGAUCAGAUGAUGGAAAGCGUAAUUAUUUCCGAUUCUCCCAAUAUCAGUGAAGAUGAUGCUGGGGAUCUUGGCUGCCUGCAGGAUAUUGUUGAUGAGAUUGAAAGCAAUGAAUCCCUUAGAUUAGGGAGUGAAAAUAAUAAAGAAUCUAAUUUGAGCGUUAAUAGCAACUCUGAACAGGAAAUCUCUACAGAGAAUCCAAAUACACAAGUGUUACCAGUUGAAGAUAUGUCUACAGAAUGUGAGGACAAUUCACAUUUAAAAACAGAAGAAAUAAGCAAAAAUGUGCAGACUCCAUUAAAUGAAGCGGAAGAGUCUGUUACACCUGUUAGCAAACCACUUCAAGACGAGAAUAUCCCUGUUUGUACAAUCUUUAGUGAAGCUAAUACACAGCAGCCAAUCUUAGUACAUUCAGAUUUUGAAUCUCAGAUGGUGAAGUCACUCAGUUUCGGAAAUGAAAUUAAAAGCAUAGUAAAGAUGCAGGCCCAGGUUGUCCAGCCCAGUCCAAGCCUGAGCAAUUUUUUCUCUGAUAAUGGUAGUACACAUUCACCAGGCUCUGAUUUUUUUGACUCUUUUACAACAUCAUCUAAUUUUAUUUCUGUGAGUAACCCAAAUGCAGGCAGUAAUGUUCCUGAAAUUAGUCCUGUACCUCGAACACCUGAGACCAUGACUCCACAAGACUUUGCUAGCACCGCAUUUUUUAUUGGAAACCAAUCAGGAGGUUCACAGAGUUCUGUAGAGAUUUCUCAGUCCCCUAAGCCUUUUUCACAGAUUCAGAGUGUUUUUGCUGGAAGUGAUGAUCCCUUUGCUACAGCCCUGAACAUGAGUGAAAUGGACAGAAGAAAUGAUGCCUGGAUACCAUCAAAAGAAACCAGGGACAUUCUAAUCUCUGUAGCAACUCAGCAGUACAGCACUAUUUUUAUUGAUAAAGAAAAACUCACCAUGCCAGGAUUGAAAUUUGACAACAUUCAGGGAGAUGCUGUUCGAGAUCUGAUGAUCCGUUUCCUUGGUGAACAGGCUGCAAUGAAACGGCAGGUUCUUACAGCCAGCUCAGUAGAGCAAACAUUUGAUGGCUUGAAACAACUAAUUAAUAGUAAGAACUGGAGGGCCGCAGUUGACCUGAGUGGGCGACUUCUAACGGCUCAUGGACAAGGGUAUGGCAAGAGUGGUCAACCAACAAACCACACAACAGAUUCUUUACAGCUCUGGUUUGUGAGGCUGUCAUUGUUAGUGAAGCUGGGCCUUUUUCAGAAUGCUGAAAUGGAGUUUGAACCAUUUAAAAACCUGGAUCAACCCGAUCUUUACUAUGAAUAUUACCCCCAUGUUUAUCCUGGUCGGAGAGGAUCUAUGGUACCGUUUUCAAUGCGUAUUUUACAUGCUGAACUCCGACAGUACCUUGGAAAUCCUCAAGAGUCUCUAGACCGGAUGCACAAAAUGAAAAUUGUUUGUCUACAGAUAUUGGAUAACUUGGAAAAAGGACUAGCAGAAGAUGGAAGCAUGAUUACUAUGACUCAAAGUAACAAACAAGCCUCUGUUCAGCUGUGGAAGUCACGUCUGGGCCGGGUGAUGUACUCCAUGGCAAACUGUCUGCUAAUGAUGAAGGACUACGUUCUAGCAGUAGAUACGUAUCACACAGUUAUAAAGUAUUACCCCGAGCAAGAGCCGCAAUUGCUGAGUGGCAUUGGAAGAAUUUUUCUUCAGAUUGGGGACAUAAAAACUGCAGAAAAAUACUUCCAGAAUGCAGAGAAAGUGAUCGAAAAUUUAGCUUCAGCAAAUGAACUACAGAAUAAAAUGAUGGUUCUCAUGAACAGAGCUUUUCUUCACCUUGGACAAAAUAACUUUUCAGAAGCUCACAAGUUCUUCAGUGAAGUUCUGAAAUUAGAUCCUAAGAAUCCAGUGGCUAAUAAUAAUGCUGCAGUUUGUCUGCUUUAUUUGGGCAAAUUAAAGGAUUCCCUCAGGCAUUUGGAAGGACUGGUGCAGCAGGAUCCCAAACACUAUCUCCAUGAGAGUGUUCUUUUCAAUUUGACAACUAUGUAUGAGCUGGAGUCAUCUCGUAGUAUGCAGAAGAAACAAGCCCUGCUCGAGGCAGUAGCUGUCAAAGAAGGUGACAGCUUUAACACUCAGUGUCUGAAGCUAGUAUAAUUGUUUCAGUAAGAGGGACUGGAGAAUCUGUAUAUAUGUCACCUUAGUAUUUAAAUGAUGUUCUGAACUUAAAUGAAUAUUUAAUUAAAUAUGCAAUGCUGUUCUUUUGCUCUAAUAUUGUCAUAAUAAAUAUUUGUAUAUAGCUA